AUGGGGGGGUUUGCGUUCCUGCCGAGGCCCUCGGCUAAGUAUUAUAGGGAGCUGGCGGGGCGGGUGGGGAGUUUGAUGAGUGAGGAGGAGACGGGCGAGUAUGAGGAGUUGGGGAUUCUCGUGGAUGUGGACGCUGGGGGCGUUCUGCUGCAGAUCUUCACAGCGCACAUUGGGGACAGACCCACAGUCUUCAUUGAGAUUCUUCAGAGGAAGGGAGUGAGCAAGGGCCUCAAGGCCGUCCCCCUGCAGCAGUUCCCUCGAGGGGGCUGUGGAGGGUUCGGCACGGGCAACCUGCUGGAGCUCUUUCGAUCACUCGACACAGUUCAAAGGGGGUGA